CUGUUCAGCUGACAGCAGAAAAACUUACAUGAUUUGACGACACCCGCAAACCGCGCACCAACCGCGCGGCGAAUAUUGGUUCGUCUUGCGUAUAAACAACAUACCAGAGCAAAGAAAGACACGAAACCCUACAGAAUGUGCAAAGAUUUUCGCGUUUUCCUUCCGAUACCGCGUAAUAUCGAUUGAUUUGCGGUGUACGUGUGAGUGCAUGCGGGGUGGAAUUACAUACGAAUACCCCUCCCCCUUUCAGUGGGUGCAGUGGGUGGCCGGGAACUGUUGAAAGUGCAAUUCGGUUAAGGAAGCAUCCUUCGCCUCACCGCUUGGUACACCAUGGAGUAUGAGUAUAUGCUGAUGAGGAACGAGAAGGAAACGCAAAACCGCUGCUGCGGAGGUCGUGUUUGGUGUGUACAGGAUAUUUGCGGUAUCAUUUGUGCCGUCCUAACGUGGAGUUUAAUAUUGUAUGCAGAGUUUGUAGUUACAAUGGUGAUCCUGGUACCGCAUCCUUACAAGGCAUAUCGGUACAUUAACUUUAUAAUUUUCAACACGGGCUCGUUCCUGGCGUUUGCAUCACACUUACGUACAAUGCUGUCCGAUCCGGGUGCUGUACCGAAAGGUAAUGCAACUAAGGAAAUGAUCCAGCAGCUCGGCUAUCAAGAGGGGCAGGUAUUUUUCAAAUGCCCCAAAUGCUGCAGUAUUAAGCCGGAACGUGCACAUCACUGUUCCGUUUGUCAGCGGUGCAUACGCAAGAUGGACCACCACUGUCCGUGGAUAAAUAACUGCGUCGGGGAGAACAAUCAAAAGUUUUUUGUACUUUUCACGUUUUACAUCGCAUUCAUUUCCAUCCAUUCGAUAUUUCUGGCUGUAAAUCAGUUCUGUCUGUGCAUUAAGAACGAAUGGAGAGAGUGUUCGAACUAUUCGCCACCGGCAACGGUGAUACUGUUGCUAUUCCUCAUACUGGAAGCGCUACUGUUUGCCGUCUUCACGAUGAUCAUGCUCGGUACCCAGCUGAACGCAAUAUGGACCGAUGAAACGGGUAUAGAGCAGCUGAAGAAGGAAGAAGCCCGGUGGGUAAAGAAAUCGCGCUGGAAAAGUUUUCAAGCAGUGUUUGGCCAUUUCUCGCUAGCCUGGUUUUCACCUUUUACGCAACCGCUUAGAGCAAAGCACGAAAAUUAUUUAUAUUCAGUCUAAUAAAAACAAAACACACGAAAACAAGAA